GUCUGCUUGAUCGGUGUCUGUCUCUGUGUUCACAUCCCAAACAGGUUUUCCUUCUCAAUAAAUUUAUAAAAAAAAUAAUAAUAAUGUGGUUCGCUGUACUAAUUCUGCUGGCCCUGCCAUUGCUCGUGCUGGUGUACUUUGAACUUCGGGUGUCGCGUCGCCGCCGCCAGCUAAAAGAGUUCAGUGGACCCGCUCCGGUGGCGGUUUUAGGAAAUGCCAAUCGCAUUGGCAAAAAUCCGGCAGAAAUUCUUAAUACGUUUUUCGAGUGGUGGUACGACUGCGGCCGGGAUAACUUUCUCUUUUGGAUCGGGUACAGUGCCCACAUAGUGGUGACCAAUCCCAAGCAGUUGGAGUACAUUCUCAAUAGCCAGCAGCUUAUCCAGAAGUCCACCAUCUAUGACCUACUGCAUCCUUGGCUGGGCUAUGGCCUGCUCACGAGCCAUGGCACCAAAUGGCACAAGCAUCGCAAGAUGAUCACGCCCUCGUUCCACUUCAACAUCCUGCAGGACUUCCAUGAGGUGAUGAACGAGAACUCCACCAAGUUCAUGGCCCAGCUGAGGAAGGCGGCAGUCGGUGACAGCAUCAUUGAUUUCCAAGAGCACUCCAACUACCUUACUCUGGAUGUGAUCUGCGACACGGCCAUGGGAGUGCCCAUCAAUGCCAUGGAGCAGAGAGACUCCUCGAUUGUUCAGGCCUUUAGAAACAUGUGCUAUACCAUCAAUAUGCGGGCCUUCCAUCCCUUCAAGCGUUCCCAUUGGGUCUUUAGCUUGGCCCCAGAGUUUGCUGCCUUCCAGCGAUCCCUGAAGACACUACAGGACUUUACCUACGAUAUCAUUGAGAAGCGCGUGGAGACCCUGCAGAAGGGAGGUCCUAAAAAAGAGCAGGAUCCGUCUGCCCCAAGAAAGAAGAUGGCUUUCCUGGACACACUGUUAUCCUCCACCAUAGACGGUCGUCCGCUGACUCGACAGGAGAUCUACGAGGAGGUGUCAACCUUCAUGUUCGAGGGUCAUGACACAACCACCUCGGGUGUAUCCUUUUCUGGUUACCUGCUCUCUCGACAUCCCGAUGUCCAGCAAAAACUCUACCAGGAACAGUGCGAGGUUAUGGGCAAUGACAUGAACAGGGAUGCCAAUUUUCAGGAGAUUGCCCAAAUGAAGUAUUUGGAUCUUUUUAUCAAGGAAGCCCAGCGCGUCUAUCCCAGUGUUCCAUUCAUUGGCCGCUAUUGCGACAAGGAUUACGAUAUCAAUGGCACUAUCGUGCCCAAGGGCACCACCCUCAAUCUGGCUCUCGUACUGCUGGGCUACAACGAUCGCAUCUUCAAGGAUCCCCAUCAUUUUCGGCCCGAGAGAUUCGAGGAGGAGAAACCGGGUCCCUUUGAGUAUGUGCCCUUUAGUGCUGGUCCCCGGAACUGCAUUGGCCAGAAGUUUGCCCUGUUGGAACUGAAGACCGUGAUCUCAAAGCUGGUGCGAUCCUUCGAAGUAUUACCCGCAGUCGAUGAGCUUGUCUCCAGGGAUGGGCGGAUCAACACCUACCUGGGACUCUCGCCAGGUGAGAAGUUGAAGCGGGAGGCCGGCCGGCACAAGUACGAUCCCGUUCUUUCGGCAGUUCUUACCCUCAAGUCGGACAAUGGCCUGCAUCUUCGCCUUCGGGAGCGACUUCCUUAAUUGUGUAGUUACUUUAACCUUAAGUUUAUCAUUAAGUACUUAAAAACAUACAAAGUUUGUCUUUUAAUAAACAUUUUUUAUGACAUUUAAGUUAAAUCAAUUAUUGUUUUAUGAGCUAUAUAUUUAUAAAAACACUUUUCA